UUCGUCUGAUUGACUACGAGAAGAUGGUCGAUGCCAACGGCUACCGGAUUGUGGCGUUUGGUCAGUGGGCCGGCCUGGCAGGAAUGAUUAACAUUUUGCAUGGGCUGGGGCUGCGUUUCCUGGCUCUCGGACACCACACUCCCUUCAUGCACAUCGGCAUGGCUCACAACUACAGGAACGUCAGCCAGGCCAUCCAGGCAGUGAGGGAUUGCGGGUACGAGAUUUCCACGGGGCUCAUGCCCAAAUCUAUCGGCCCUGUGACGUUUUGUUUCACCGGUACCGGCAACGUUUCCAAGGGAGCCCAGGACAUCCUGAACGAGCUUCCUGUUGAGUACGUCGAACCUCAUGAGUUGAAGGAAGUCUCUCAAUCUGGAGAUAUGACCAAAGUGUACGCCACCGUUCUGAGCCGACAUCACCACCUGAUGAGGAAGAGCGACGGCAUCUAUGACCCCAUGGAGUACGAGGACCAUCCGGAGCUUUACACCUCACACUUUAGGACCAGCGUGAGCCUGCCCGCUUCUGUCCCUGCACCCCCACCCCCCAGUUACAACACCCCCACCUGCUCCCGUCACUCCCUCAGAGGCCUCGUCCUCUAUUUCUGUCGUCAGCAGCAAACAGCUGCUGGCUGUGUUGGUUUUUUACAACAGACGGCAGCUUUCACACAGCUGUGAACUCGUUUAACUUUGUGUCGACCUUCAUCACACUCUUAGAUUACCUCACCGAUGCAU